AUGUCGCAACCAACUCUUACCGCAGACUACUCCUCCCCGGAAAGCGAGCCUUUCAAGGUCUCACAUCAGCUGCCAGCCAUUUCCUCUACAGCCUCCACGACUGACAAGGCGUCAUUCCUCGAGGCUCUACGUGCAUCUAUUGCUGAUACCCAGGCCACAAUCAACCAGGAGCUCACAGCACGAAUGGAGCAGGACAAGGCGAGAGACGCGGCAGCUGAGGCCAAGGAGGAAGAAAACUACGGCGAAGAGGUGGUGGAGGAGGAGGACUGA